AGGUAGGACAGAUCACUGUAAAAUCAUAAUAAGUGCAUACCGUAACUCUUUCUCAUUUUUUCUUCUGCUUCUAGAUCCUCAGUUAUUUUACCUAAGUUAAGGGAUGGAAACAUACACUAAAGAAAAAAAAUCACCCUUGGGUCUUUGGCAUUCAUAUUUGUGUGAAAGAAUCUAGGAUGUUCCAAGAAAACGCAUCAGCCAAUUGCUUAAAUAUAGUAACAACAUCUACUGAAGAUGGUGCUUUCCAAAAGAAAGGCCAUAGUGCAAGAAUCCUUAGCCCAGAAGAGGCUGAGAGACUGGCAAAAGAUAGGGUUUUGGUGUCUGAGUUCAAACAGCUAAAACUGGAGAAAGAGGCACAGAAGAACUGGGAUCUAUUUUACAAAAGAAACAGCACCAACUUCUUCAAAGACAGACAUUGGACAACCAGAGAGUUUCAAGAGUUAAAAGCAUGUCGGGAGUUUGCAGAUCAGAAACUGACCAUUCUGGAAGCAGGCUGUGGGGUUGGGAACUGCUUGUUUCCACUCUUAGAAGAAGAUCUGAAUAUUUUUGCAUAUGCCUGUGAUUUCUCUCCUAGAGCUGUUGAGUAUGUGAAG